UUUUCCGCCGCACUCGAAUCCUUUCCACCCGCGAGUCUUCACAUCUGCUUAUCGUGGUCUACAUAGUAUUCGGCUUACAACAUCUUUCCAUCGCCCUGUGGCUUACUAGCGUCGGGUUAUUACAUUCGUCCUCCUACCUACACAACCGCAUUUCUUCCCAUCUUUGUCCGUAUUAUAUUUCUCACACGAUCAGAACAACAAUGCGUUCUUAUAUCUUUUCCACUCUGGCGCUCGCCGCCGCUGUUUCGGCGCAGAAUUCCACAGCGGUGCUCCUCAAUCCUUUCUUGGAUAUGGAAACUGUCACAGCGAUCGCAGCAGACAGCACUGCUACCACGUACACGAAAUCCUGCUCCGGAGACGGUCGUAUACCAGAUUCUGCCACAAGUGGUCCGGCUGGCUAUAUUACGUGUGAGCCGUUGGCCUUGACACAAGGCCCGUCUGUGUGGGAACUUCAUCAGACAGGCCUAGGGCCAGAUCCAGCGGCAUGUGACAUGAAAUGCAAAUUUGGAGAAGGUGGCUAUGAGAAGGCCGACGCAACUUGUACUAUGUCGUUCUCAGGCAUCUAUACGUCAUUGGGUUUCCCAGAAUCUUCGACAGAGACGGUUUUAGGCCCUUCCAAUUGGGCUUCUGGUAUGCAGGGAGAUGCAAAGCAAACAGUCGCUGUUAUAAAUGCAAUCUCAUCUUCCUCGAAUCCUUCCAUAACCUCUGCGCCUGGAAAGCCCCCUGGUGCCACUACUCCAGGUGCAUCGAGUGCCGGUGCCGCUGCACCUUCUGCUAACUCUACUUCGCCUACGAAGUCCAGUACAGGCAACACUCUGGCUGCUUAUUACAAAAUAGACAUACUUGCAUUCAUUGGAGGAGCCACUAGCAUUCUCGCUGCCAGCAUUCUGUUAAAGCCUUUAAUACAUGUAUCUGAGUGUUCCGUCGGUUGCGCCCUCUUUCUAUGUUUUGACUCUAUGGAUCGCAUACUCAUUUCCAAAAAAUGGACAUCUUUUUAGUCAUACUUCACCUGCUCGAGUGAAGCACGAAGUCGCCGCAUUCGGGUCAUUCUCCCGCGGUCUCACGUGCGAAGAAUCGAUUGCACUCCGAACC